UGGGGCUUCCAGCAGUGCAUCCUCUAAUCGCCAACUGGAGGAACGCGUUUACCACGUAGUGGCAAUGCUCGGCGACAUCAGCACCUUCGCUGCGCCGACCACCAUCAGCAGUCAGCUGCAUACCUUGAAGACCGAGUUCCAGCAGCUGCAGUCGACGAACACAGAUGGCAAUCCUAAGUUGUACAAGAUGCCAACUUUCCAACUGGAGAAGUUUGACGACUACACGCAGCAGGAUCCGGUCCUCUGGUGGGAAGCAUUCACGACGCAACUUCGGAUUCUGCUUGUCGCUAAGCAUGCGUACAUCGGCGCCCUGUUCAUGAACUCAAAGGGCGGAUGCCAGAUCUGGUUGACCCACCUGGCAACCUCCCACGGUGUCGACGUACCAGACUUGAAGGACAAAAUCACAUGGGAGGAACUGACACGACUGUGGAAGAAACGGUUCAUCGUCGACGACGCGCCGGCACUCGCCAUCAACCGUCUUUUCACCAUGUCACAGGGCAACACCGCAACACGGGAUUGGCUCACGGAGUGGCAGAAGAUUGCGGCAGUGCCCAAUCUGGACUUGCCAUUCAUGCAUUUACGCCGUGAGUUCUACAACAGGUCCUGUGCUGCAUUGAGCCAGGCUCUUGGUGAUCGCGAGCAGUACUCAACCUUCGCUGAGAUCAUUGACAAGGCGAGGGAAAUCAUAAAGACCAACAGGUCAGCUGCACACGAGAAGUCAACAUGGCAGCCGACCUAUAUGGAGAAGGUACGAACUGGUCCGCGACAGCAGCACUUCGCUGCAGUUCAGUCGGACAGUGGAGAUAACCCAGCAGCCACUCCAGCAUCAGGUGACGGAGAUCAGGUGGUUGUUGUCCAGCCGCGAAGCAACAACAAGUCCCGCAACAAUGGGAAGGCGAAAUCCGCAUCGCACGCCGGAAAUGGACAGCCAGUACAAGUUCCAUGGGUCAAGUUCGGCUUGACCGAGGCGGAGUACAAGGUCCGCGGCAACUACGACAGCUGCAAUUGGUGCAACAGCACCAAGCGCAAGACCUCCCUGUGCCAGGAUCAGGGCAAGGAGGAUGACUAUGUUGUCCACUUGGUUCCACCGCUGGACCAACCGCUCCACGUGCAACAAUCUACAGCAUGCACGGUUUCAUCACCAUCGGCAACCGAUUCGGCAGCUUCGCCGCCAUCUAUCGUCGGGGAUUCAUCGUCGUGGUCAAGACUUGAGGUGCUCAACCCACUGAUGUUCACGGACUUCCAGUGGAUGCCCGUUCCCCCGACUGGACGAUUGCCGAAACCGCAUUGCAAUGUGCUCAUGGCACAACUGCGGGAUUACUUGCACACUGCAGGACCAGCUCCGUUGAUGGACGCCGGAGUAGAGGUUGUCAACCUUCACGCUUACAUUGCGAAGAUCGACCGCGAUUUCAAGACACAACGGUACGACGACAUCGACGCACCAUUGCUAUAUGUACGCAUUCAGAUCGGAGAGGCGACCUGCAACGCCUUGAUUGAUUGCGGAGCAUCUCGCAACUACAUCAGCCAGGACUUCAUGGUGCGCGCCGGCCUUGGCCCAUGCGUCUGGAGGAAGUCCCAGCCUAUGCAAGUCACGUUGGCGGACGGUGACACGCACAAGUCAAUCGACCGGUGCAUUGACAACGUCCCAGUGUACUUUGCCCCUCACGCAAGUGAGGCGGUGUCCUUUGACAUUCUGGACACCAAAUUUGACAUGAUCUUGGGCAUGUCAUGGCUGCGAAGCGAGGAUCACCCGGUGAACUUCUUCCACCGCACCGUUCACAUUCGUGAUCGGAACGGAGUACUAGUUCCAUGCACGGUGCCUCUUCCUCAUCCUUCGAUCAGCUGCCACGUGGUAUCCACCGCAAGCAUGCGAGCUUCCAUCAUUAGAGAUAACAUCGAGGAGAUGGGAGUGUGUUUUCUCCACGCCCUCCCGCCCCAUGACGCUUCAUCGACGGACUCACCUUCGGAUCCGCGCAUCACCGAGCUUCUCGACGCCUACAGCGACGUGUUCGAAGGCCCGCACGGAGUAGUACCGGAUCGACCCAUCCGCUACGAGAUUAUCCUCGAGGACGGGGCCACGAUCAGAAACGCCGGCCCUCUCCCACGCAUCGACGAUCUUCUCGAGCGACUGGGUGGCACCAAGUUCUUCUCCAAGCUCGAUCUCAAGUCGGGAUAUCACCAACUCGAGAUUCGCAAGGAGGACCGUUACAAGACCGCGUUUAAGACGCGAUAUGGGCAUUUGGAAUGGCUGGUUAUGCCAUUUGGCCUUACGAAUGCCCCGGCCACUUUCCAAGCGGCUAUGACAACGGAGUUCCGACACAUGCUGGAUCGAUAUGUACUUAUCUACCUCGACGACAUCCUGGUGUACAGCCGGAGUUUGGAGGAGCAUGUGGAACACCUGCGCACCGUUUUGGAGCGGCUACAACAAACCAAGUACAAGGUCAACCGCGACAAGUGCGAAUUCGCACAACAGGAGCUGGAGUACUUGGGAUAUUAUGUGACGCCGCAAGGCAUCCGUCCGCUUGCGGACAAGAUCGAGGCCCUACGAUCGCCAAAGAUGCCAUGCGUAUUCGAUGACGACGCAUGCUGGUCAUUCCAAGCACUUAAGACGGCUAUGCUCAUGGCACCCGUCCUUAGCAUCUACGACCCCACCCUGCCUACGAGAGUGACUACGGACGCUUCCGGCUACGGCAUUGGGGCAGUCUUGGAACAGCACGACGGCGACGACUGGCACCCUGUGGAGUAUUUGAGCCACAAAGUGCCUCCCAUUAACCCACUUGAUGAUGCAAGGAAGAAAGAGCUACUUGCGUUCGUCAUGGCUCUCAAGCGAUGGCGGCACUUCCUCCUUGGGCGUCGUAGGUUCACAUGGGUCACAGACAACAAUCCAUUGACCUACUACAAGACACAGGAUACGGUGAGCAUCACGAUCGGGCGAUGGAUGUACUUCAUCGACCAGUUUGACUUCACACCGAAACAUCUUCCCGGCCUCUCAAAUCGCGCAGCAGAUGCACUCUCGCGAAGACCUGAUCUUUGCGCUAUGACACAUCAACGCUAUAUGCACAACUAUCUUCGGAUCACCUGCCGGCCAGCCAUUACCGCAUUGCCGACGGAUACUUGCUCCUCUACUCGAGAGGCAAGGAUUUACUGUGUGUCCCAUGUGACCGUCGUCUUCGGACUCGCCUCCUCGGCGAGUAUCAUGAUUCGCGACUCACCGACCAUUUCGGAGUCAACCGCACUAUUGCACGGCUUCGACGGCGAUUCCGAUGGCCCGAUCUCAUUACCGAUGUCACUCAGUAUUGCGACUCUUGCGAAGUUGGACGACGCAGCCAGCCCCGCAACCGCAAUCCCUACGGCGAAAGACAUAGUCAGCGACCGCGACACUCGCUUCAUGUCGGCAUUUUGGACUGCUCUCAUGCAGGAGUCCGACACGAAGAUGAAACCAAGUUCGGCUCGGUAUCCACAGACGGACGGGCAAACGGAGCGGGCACAUCAAUCCGCUCAAAUGAUGCUUCGUACGCUCAUCCGUCCGGACCAGAAAGAUUGGGUUGACCGCCUCCCCGACAUCGAGUUCGCCUACAACACUUCGGUGCAUCCGGCGAUCGGCGUGACUCCAUUCGAGUUGCACCACGGUGGACGGAAAGGCCGGAUCUUCGCUGACCUUCUCCUCCCUCGACCAGCCGACAUUGACGCUGCCUGCUCUCCCGCUUCCGUCCGGAAGUACAGGGAAUUGUUGACUCAAGCUCGCGCAAACAUGCAAAAGGCUCACGUCCGCAUGCAGCAACAAGCCAACAGGCGUCGCGUACCAUGUCCCAUCUGCGCCGGUGACCUGGUUUGGGUCUCCGCGGAAGAGUUUGCACUGGAACAGGAUGUUUCACGCAAACUGCUUCCCAAGUGGUUUGGACCUUGGUCUGUGACAACAGUUGCGGGCGAUGAGCCCGAUGGCCCUUCAUUUGUGAUCAACAUUCCAGAGCAUCUGACGGUCCAUCCGAUCUUCCACGCCUUGAAGCUGGCAACAUACACGCCAGCCAGGAGCGACGACUUUCCGGGCCGACGAUCGCAGGACCCUCCUUCUAUGGAUGGUCAUCAGGAAGUUGACCGCGUCAUCACCGAUCGCAAGUACGGCAGCAAGCCGCGGCAGUACAAAGUCACAUUCAAACCAUGCGAUCGCGACGACACUCGGUGGAUUUCAGGCGCAAAUUUGAAAGCAUCCGCACCGCUGAUCUACGCGCAUUAUGAACAGCGGAGGUUAGCUCAGGAAGCUUCACGACCAGCCCCUCCCACCAAGACUGUGGUCCCUCCCUCAGAUAGACAGCUUCGCCCUCGCAGGUUAGCUCGGUUCUUCAAGGAGGGGGGGGUGUGGCAUACCGCGUAGCCACACGGGCCCUGCAGGGCCCGUCCCGGACAUUCAGCCUAAAAGCCUAAAACUUAGGGCUUACAGGCCCCGGUCGUUUCAGCCUGCGAGC